GUGGGAAAACUGAAAAACAGAAGUGGUUAAGUAACUUGCCCACGGUCACACAGCUAGUAAGUGGUGGAGCAAGGUUUUGAUUCUAGGAAAUAUGGUUUUACCCACUGCACUAAGCAGUGAUUGAAUAUGGGAGUCAAAAGAAUGGGAAAAAUUUAAGCAAAGAUAGACUCAAUUAAUAAAAAAAUGGAGAGGCUUGGAAGGAGAUCCAGAUUGAGAAGAAGGUCUGCCAAAAUGUCUGAAAGAUCAGAUCUCCUUCACUUCAAGUUUGAAAAUUAUGGAGAUUCAAUGUUACAAAAAAUGAACAAAUUAAGAGAAGAGAAUAAAUUUUGUGAUGUUACAGUUCUCAUAGAUGAUAUUGAGGUACAGGGGCAUAAAAUUGUGUUUGCUGCAGGUUCCCCCUUCUUAAGAGACCAAUUUUUACUGAACGAUUCCAGAGAGGUGAAAAUCUCCAUAUUACAGAGUUCCGAAGUGGGGAGACAAUUGCUCUUAUCCUGUUACAGUGGUGUGCUGGAAUUCCCUGAGAUGGAACUGGUAAAUUACUUGACGGCUGCGAGCUUUCUUCAGAUGAGCCACAUUGUAGAACGGUGCACACAGGCCUUGUGGAAGUUUAUAAAGCCAAAACAACCAAUGGAUAGUAAAGAGGGAUGUGAACCGCAGAGUGCUUCUCCCCAGUCAAAAGAACAUCAGGGAGAUGCCAGAGGCUCCCCAAAGCAGGACUCACCUUGUAUCCAUCCAUCUGAAGACAGUAUGGAUAUGGAGGACAGUGAUAUUCAGAUUGUUAAGGUAGAAUCUAUUGGGGAUGUAUCAGAGGUUAGAAGUAAAAAAGAUCAGAACCAGUUUAUUUCUUCUGAACCCACUGCUUUACAUUCAUCAGAGCCCCAGCACUCCCUGAUAAAUUCAACUGUGGAAAACAGAGUAAGUGAAAUAGAACAAAACCACCUCCACAAUUAUGCCCUGUCUUACACAGGCAGUGAUAACAUCAUCAUGGCCUCAAAAGAUGUCUUUGGGCCUAAUAUUCGAGGUGUAGACAAAGGCCUACAGUGGCAUCACCAAUGCCCAAAGUGUACCAGGGUGUUUCGUCACCUGGAGAACUACGCCAACCAUUUAAAAAUGCACAAACUCUUUAUGUGUCUACUCUGCGGCAAGACUUUUACUCAGAAAGGCAACCUUCAUCGACACAUGCGUGUGCAUGCCGGCAUUAAACCUUUCCAGUGUAAAAUCUGUGGGAAAACCUUUUCUCAGAAGUGUUCCUUACAGGAUCAUCUUAACCUUCACAGUGGAGAUAAGCCCCAUAAAUGUAACUAUUGUGACAUGGUUUUUGCACAUAAGCCAGUUUUGAGGAAACAUCUUAAACAGCUGCAUGGCAAAAACAGCUUUGAUAAUGCCAAUGAAAGAAAUGUGCAAGACCUCACAGUGGACUUUGAUUCUUUUGCAUGUACAACAGUCACAGACUCUAAAGGGUGUCAGCCACAGCCUGAUGCGACACAGGUCCUGGAUGCAGGUAAACUGGCCCAAGCUGUCCUGAACUUAAGGAAUGAUAGUACUUGUGUGAAUUGAGUAGGGCCUUUAUGCUCCUAACUAGAACUGACUGCAAACAUGGCAAUAGUCUGAGUCUUUUUAGGAGUGAUUUUGCGAAUUUGACUUCUCCAAAGCCUCUGUGCUUUGGAAGUCAUAAGGGUGAGUCAAAGCACUAAUAGACCAGGCAACUUGCCACUUGGAGUGGUCUUGCCUCCCUUUUGCCCUUUCCCAUGUUCUGUUUUGAAUUAUUUAUCCUGUGAUGUCUGUUUUCCUUUCCCAAGGAGUAUUCCACCUGUCUACCUAACAUUGACUUAUGUCUUAGACUGACACUGUUUUAGACUUUUCACUGGGCACAUUCUGAAGGUACCAACAAGUUAAUAAUAUCACCUCCAAUCCACUAAUAGAUGCUAUGCUAAGAGAAGCGAAUAAUAUUUUUCAUUGGCAGAAAAUAAGCUGAGAUAUAAGGAGAUACUGCUGUUGGCCUGAAUAUGUGAUAGAAUUUGUAGUUGCCUUGCCUACUGAUAAUUCAUCUAUGUCUGAUAAAUGAAUGAAUCUGCUUCCUACAAUUUGUACUUGUCUUGGAGCUGGCUAUAGUAUUUUAGAUUAUUCUGUACUCUUUUCAACAGUAUAUGGCCCAACUUCACAUCAUUGAAGUUCACAUAGACCAGAGUACAAUAUUUUUAGCAACACCUGCAGACAGAUAGUUAGGAAUCGGCAUGGGGAGCAUAAUCAACAAAGGAUAGUAGUACAGUUGUACAACAGUACUUAUUUGGGAGGUCUUCCCCAAAAAGAAGCCAAAUGUUUAUAAUUAAUCUCUAACUUACUUGGUGAUGCUUUUGAAGUCAGGAUUGCUCCAGGCACAUUUAAAGUGUGCUAACGCAUAAUGGUCUCUCUAAAAAGGGGCUAUCUGGAGUCAUUCUCUAGGCUUUGUUUUAGAAGUUAGCCAUCAGUAAGGUGAGUUUGGCCUUCAGAGUUUUGUCCAGUGUAUUGUAAUAGUCUCUGAAUUCUCAUUUCCUUGUGUACCUUAACUUCUAAAAUGGAUGAAAAAAGUGGGUCACAGGAGCAAUCAGGUUUUUGCAUUUAGAUAUUCCUAUAAAGGUACAUAGUCCCACCUUGUCACCUCUGAUAGAUCACUAAUACAAAGUUGAUUUUCCAUUAUGGAAAAACAAAACAACUGUUUUUCUCCUAAAGCACAUGUUAUAGUUCAGAAAUAAAAUUUUGAGUCUUAUUAGCUUCUGACCCAUGAGUUAGAUUUAGGUAAUAGGAGUGUUUGAGUCCAUAGAGAAUCUUAAGAGAUCAUUUAGUCCACCUCUCUUUUUUUAAGUUGGGAUAUCCAAAGCCCAAAGAGGUGGCCUGGCCAAGGUUAGCCAAAGUAGAUAAGUAACUAAAUAUGAGCUACAGUCUCCUCGCUUCUCAUUGUCCCUUGGCUUGAAAAGAUUUAGUACAUGAUCAAGAAUACCUUAAUAAAAAGUUCCUAGUUUGUGCUUCCCCUCUGUGAAUCACUGUUUGCUUUCUGAGACAUCCUGGAUUUUGCAAACAAAACAUCACAGAAGGAUUUAUUUUUGUAAGUUAAUUAUUUUUUGGUUAGGAUGAAUAUUACAUUUUUCCUAAGCAAGUGGCUGAUUUGCUAGAUGUUGAUUAGGAAGGGCAAGGACAAGUAAGAAUAAUGUGAGAAGGAUCCAAAUGUGAAACUGAUUUUGUCUUGAAACAGUGUUUAUUUAGUUUCCAUCAGGAUUUUCUGUUUUUGUUUCUGAGCUAUGAGAGUCCAUGUACAGAUAAACCAAAAAUUAGUUUUAACUUGAGUAGUCAGAGGGAGUUCUUAAAGUUGUUAUAAUUUGAUGCAUUUAUAUGUGAAUCUGAUUUGAAGUAUAAUUUCUACCUUUUGUUAAAAGAUUUUAAAUGAGAAUAAAAUUGAGUGAUAAGACUAACAGGUAUCUAUUAUGCCUAAUGUCACUCAUUAUAUGGUCCAAUGAUGCUGCCUAGCAUUCUGGUUUUUAUAUGAUCCAGCCAAAGAGUACCAAUUCUAUGCAACAGUGAGACACUAACAUGUUAACCAAUGUUUCGCUAUUUUCUCUGAACAUCAUUUUAUCACAGGGAAAUUUCAAGUUGGAGUGCUUCCUCUGCUUACAUUCAUGUCCUGUUUUUGUUACUGGUUUGAAGACUAAAAGGCAUGGGUUCAAAUAAGAUUGGUCUCUUUGGUUGGAGACUAUUCCUGGAUUCAUUCAGACAUUCAAGAGACAUUUAUUGAACACCUACUAUUGCCAGGCACUAUGCUAGAUACUGAGGAUAUGAAGGUAAGAUUGCUAUGGUCCCUGCCCUCACAGAGCUUACAGUCUCAUGUAGUCUUAGUGAGAUAAGGUGUCAAUUUGGUUUUAUCCUAGGAAGAAUAAAGAAAACUGCCUUGCUUUCUUUGAUCACUUUAAAUUAGCAUCUUGAUGGUUUUGUAUCACUGAAUCUUCUAGCUCUCACCUUUUUCAACGGCAAACUACUGACAUGGUUUACAGUGUCUCCCAUUUCUUGGCUGGAGAGGUGUUCUGUUUCUGUGAGACAUUUUCUUAAUUUUGGUGGUACUUGACUUUUCUCUUUCUUUGUUUAUACAUGUUUCUUAGAUUGUAUUGCAAAGUGGUCAAGUUACUGAUAUCAAAUAUGUUUUACAGGGGAAGAUGACUUUCAAAACUAGUCGUAUUCUUGUAGAGGAGGAAGAUUUUUUAAAACCUUAGACAUUCAGCAUUUGUAUUUUAUGGACCCCCAGGAUAACUAAAAAUGAGAGAGGGCUCUCUUCACCAUAGUUUGGUUUUUAAAAAAUUACUGUGUCACAGUUAUUUAUUUAUUAUUUAAUUUUAAAGGCAAACUCCAAACUGAAGUGGCUCUGAGGUAAAUCAGAUGUGGUUUUAAUUUGUUUUAGUUUCCUUAUUAGAAGGUCUAUAAAUGGAGGGUGACCAGUGUCACUACUUCUAAGAUAUUAUCCUAAACAAACAACCCAGAACAUUUUAUUUCAGCUGGUGAAUAGCUGUUCUAAAUCUGUUGUAUGUUAGACAUACUGUGAACUACCUCUUCACUUAU